GUCAGGGGCUGUGGAGAGGCUUCAUGUGACUCCCUUUUAUCAUCGGCACCAAUUCAAGGAUACGUGUUAGGAGUUCUAUCUGCUUGUCUUUCUGCAUUGGCUGGUGUUUACACUGAGUUCUUGAUGAAGAAAAACAAUGACAGCUUAUACUGGCAGAAUGUACAGAUGUACACGUUUGGUGCUAUUUUUAAUAUGGCAAGGCUUCUUAUGGAUGAUUUCAGAGGUGGAUUUGAAAAUGGACCAUUUUGGCAACGUAUUUUCAAUGGUUAUACUAUUACUACCUGGAUGGUAGUAUUGAACCUAGGGUCUACUGGUCUUUUGGUUUCAUGGUUAAUGAAAUUUGCUGAUAAUAUUGUGAAGGUUUAUGCGACAUCUAUGGCGAUGCUCCUUACAAUGGUACUAUCAAUAUUCCUCUUCAAUUUCAAGCCUACAUUGCAGCUCUUCUUGGGCAUUAUUAUUUGUAUGAUGUCUUUACACAUGUAUUUUGCCCCGCCCAAUAUGCUUGUAGACAUGCCAUUAACAGUAAAGUCAGAUGAAGAAGAGAAGCGCAUUGAAGUUACUGUUGAUCAAAGAUCACAUUCAUGAUGUCAAGUCUCCGUUGACAUUCAAGAUGCAUAAUUCUGUUGGAAGCCUUGUAUAAUAGGGACAACUAGCUUUGGGAGCUGUAUACACGUUUUAAUACUUCCUUUUGGCUUUGCUGGGAUUCUCAUAAUCAAUUCUUACCGAGUUUCUCCAACGAGGCCUGUUUAAAUUCACUUAUUUUAUAGCAUCAUUUCACAGUA